AUGAGCGCUAACGACGAAGCGCUGCAGAAGGUUCUCUUCAAUAUACAGCAACAGGCUGUAGGUGCAGAGAAAGCACUGCGUACUGUCACCAUGCAGCAGGCGUCCCGUGGUCGUGAGAAGCGCCUGGUGCAGCUGACUAGAGCUGAGCUGGAGAGCAUCCCGGACGAUGGACAGGGCGCUCUGUACAACGGCGUUGGGAAGAUGUUCAUCAAGGUGGAUAGAAAUGAUCUCAUCCAAGACCUAGUCAAGCAAGAGCGUAGCCUGCUAGAAGACCUAGUCGCCCUCGAGAAGAAACAGGGCUACAUGCAGAAGGAACUCACAAACGCACAAGGCAAUCUCAAAGAUGUAUUCCAGUCGAGAAGCUAA